AUGGUUAACACGCGUAGUAGUCACCCAAAUGGUGAUACAAAUACAAAUGAUUCCUAUAAAGAACGACAUAUAAAAAAAGUUGUUAAUUAUGAACAAGAAUCAUCAAAUGAUUCGUUUGGAAAUUCCAAAGGUCCAUCACAUUAUCAUCGUAUUUUAAGAAAACGAACUAAUCCAACUUAUCAAAAUUCAUUCGAUUAUAUGGAUGACGAUGAUGAAGAAGAAGAAACCAUUGGACGUCGUCGUCGUCGAGAAUCUCGUCGUAAUGUUCGAACAUUAGUUGAUACAUCUAAUAGUGGUUCUCCAACAACUGGUCGUUUAACAAAUGGUGCACGAUCCGAAAGAAAUUUAAGUAUGUAUGAUCGUGUAAAAGCUCGUCGGAAAUCAAAUGAUCCUGAUAUUUAUUCAGAAGAUCGUGAAGAAAAUGAUGUCAAUGAACAACAAGAAGAACAAAAUGAUCAAAAUAAUGAGAAUGAUAAUGAUACAAAAAAAUCUAAAAAUAAAAAAAAAGAACAAACAAUUGGAAAUGGUGGUGAUGAUAUGACGGAAGAAAAUACUAUGGAUAUUUUAAAUCAAGAUGAAGAAGAGGAAGAAGAAGAAGAAUUAAAUAAUCAACAAACAGCAAAAUAUUCAUUAAGAGAACGAAAACCACCUAUUCAAAGAUUUUCUUUAUAUGAACAACCACGACAAAGACGAAAAACUAUAUUCUAUGACGAAGAUGAUGAACGACCAUCAACAUCAAGAUCACGUCGAUCUCGACAAAAAGGACGACGUGUUUCUGCUCAUGUUUCAAGUUCAUCUACAUCCGAUUCGUCAUCAGAUAGUGAAACUAUGGGACCAUUAACAAAUGGUGAUCUCGAUUCUCGACCACAACGAACUGCACGUUUAGCUAAAAGCACUGCAAUGAAACGCAUGAGAUGUUUACCAACAAAUUUGGAUAUACUAGGUGUUUAUACGAGUUCAAAAAAACCAGGUACACGCACAUCAUCCAAUGGUGCUGGUAGUGGUGUUGGAGCAUUAAACCUUGAUUUAAAUAGUAAAAGUCGACGAGGUAAUAAUGCAGCUGUAUCGUUAGCAGAUGCUGAAUCAAUUGAGAUAGAUCGAACGAUUACAUUUGAUGAUAUUGGUGGUCUAGAUCCAAUAAUACGUUCAUUAAAAGAAAUGAUUGUUCUUCCAUUAGUCUAUCCUGAAUUAUUUCAUCAUUACAAAAUAAAACCACCACGUGGUGUACUCUUUUAUGGCCCACCUGGUACUGGUAAAACACUAGUUGCUCGUGCACUUGUCAAUGAAUGUUCAUCACCUGAUCGUCGUAUAGCAUUUUUCAUGCGUAAAGGUGCCGAUUGUUUAUGUAAAUAUGUUGGAGAAAGUGAACGACAAUUACGUGUUCUAUUUGACCAAGCUUAUCAACAACGACCAGCAAUAAUAUUUUUCGACGAAAUCGAUGGUUUAGCACCAGUACGUUCAGCACGACAAGAUCAGAUACAUGCAUCAAUUGUUUCAACAUUACUUGCACUUAUGGAUGGUCUUGAUAAUCGUGGUGAAGUUGUCGUUAUUGGAGCAACGAAUCGUUUAGAUGCUAUUGAUCCAGCUUUACGACGACCGGGAAGAUUUGAUAGAGAAUUUCGUUUUUCUUUACCAACAAUUGAAGCAAGAAAACAAAUUUUAAAAAUUCAUACAAAAGAAUGGGAAUCAAAACCACAUACUGGUUUUAUUGAUGAAAUAGCGAUUCGAACUGCAAGUUUUUGUGGUGCAGAUUUAAAAAGUUUAUGUCAAGAAGCAUUUUUAUCAGCUUUACGUCGACGCUAUCCACAAAUAUAUGAUUCACGACAAAAAUAUAAAAUUGAUCCACGUUCAUUACAUUUAUCACGUGGAGAUUUUUAUACAGCAUUACAUCGUAUUGUACCAGCCUGUAAUCGUGGAUGUCAACAUCCUGUUGGUCGUCCAUUAGAUAUGCAUUUAAUACCACUAUUAAGUGAACAACUUGAUAAAUGUUUAGAACAAUUACAUGAAAUUUUUUUUAAACGUACAAGUUCAAAUAAUAAUAAUUCAAAUCAGAUACCAUUUCAAAGUAUUAGCGACGAUUUAACAACAACGACCACAUCAACAUCAUUACGAAAAGCUCCAACGUUAGGUUUAACAACAUCAUUCGCAUCGAGUUCACAUCGAAGUGCAACAUUUACAAUGAGAAGUAUACCUGACAAUGGUUUAUGUCGAUUUUUUGCAUCGGCUGUUGUUCAACAACUUGAUUGUGCAUUUUUUGUAUUUGAACUUGGUUAUCUUCAUGCUCAAACAUCACGAACACCGGAAGAAGCAUGUGCACAAUUAUUUACUGAAGCAAGACGAAGUGCACCAUCAAUUAUUUAUGUACCAGAUAUUGAAAAUCUUUGGCCAAAAUUAUCUGAAUCUGUACAAUAUAUGUUUGUAUCGAAUGUACGAACAUUACCACCCAAUUUACCUAUUUUAAUUUUAAUUGCACUUGAAACAGAUUCAUAUGAUGAUAUUCAUCCAGAUAUAAGUCAGAUUAUUUCACCGAAAUCAACAUUUACAUUGACAGUACCAAAUGCGGACGAUCGUUAUUCAUUUUUUGCACCAUUAUUUAAUGAAGAAAUGUUUUCAUCAGUAAAUUCAGCAGAUUCUAGAGCAGAACCAGUUCAAGAAAUCUUAGAAAUUGCUGAAAUACCAGCAAUAUCUCGUGAACGUAGUGAACAAGAAUUAGAACGUGUACGACAACGUGAAGAAGCAACAAUGACUGAAUUACGAGUAUUUCUUCGUGAUAUGCUAAAAAUUCUAUUACGCGAUAAACGCUUUACAUAUUUUUCACGGCCAAUUGAUGUUGAAGAUGUACCUGAUUAUUAUGAUGUUAUUGAAAAUCCUAUGACAUUUUCUAUGAUGUUAGAAAAAGUUGAUAAACACGGAUAUACAUGUGUUAAACAACUUACACAAGACAUUGAUUUAAUUGUUUCAAAUGCAUUACUCUACAAUCCAGAUCAUACCACUCAAGGUCGAUUAAUUCGUCAUCGAGCAUGUGAAUUACGUGAUGUUUGUCAAUUUCAUAUAAAUGCUGAACUUGAUAUGGAAUUUGAAUUAUUAUGUCAACAAGUUACUGAAGCACGAAAACAACGAGGUGAUGACCCUAAAGAAUCAUUACCGAAUUAUGUUUAUACCGAACAAACAACAACAGCAGAUAGUAGUACUCAUCAAGAGAAUGAAAAUGGUUCACAUAAUGGUACUGAACAUGCCAUGGAUGUAUCAACUAAAAAUCCAUUAAAUACAACUGAUCAAUCAGAAACACAAGUAGAUAUUUCAAUAAUAUCAACAAGAAAUUCAGCAAAAAGAAAUAAAUUGAAUCAUAGUCAACGUUCGAGUACAACACGAAGACAAGCUAAAGAAAAAGAAUUAGUUAAUGGACAUAAUGAAGAAACUGUUCUUUCAGCUGAAGAUACAGAAACAACAACGAUAACAACUGAAAUAUCAACAAAAACACAAACAACUGAUACAAACGAAUCAAUAAUAAUAACAGCAAUAACAACAAAUCAAUCAUCUCAAUCAUCAUCAUCACCAUCUAAUGAAUCAUCAAAUAAAAAACGUGUUAAACGAACAGUAUCUUCUAUUUCAUUAUCACCAUCAAAAUUAACAUCUACGAAUGAUACAUCAGCGGAAAUCAAAACGAAACGACAACGAACUGAUAUAACAAUUCAAGCGAUUGAAUCAGCACCAGCAAAUAUUGAACAACAUGAACAUCCACCUAGAAAAAUUAAUAUAGAACGUCUUACAUCGAAUUUAAUGUAUCUUGUUGAACAUACAAAUGAUUAUGGUGUAGAAAAAUUAAGUACAAUAUGGUUUGAACUAUUUGAUAUAAUUGAAUCAUGUCGAUCACUUUUAUCAGAGGAAUCAAUCUUUGAAAAAUUUGAAACAAAUCUUCGUUCAAUUAUUUAA